GGGCGGCCGGGCAGGGAGGUGUGCGCGGACGGCUGCGCGCCCCGCCGCCCGGGCCGCCGUCGGCUGAGGAGGGUCAGUCGUGGCCGAACGCCGGACCGUGUCGCUCGCUGUCGUGCCGUCGCUCGAGUCGUGUGUCAGUAGUAGCUAGCCGGAGGUCGCCAUGGACAACCAGGACUCGAUCGGGUCGCCGUCCGAGCUGCCCAACGACCCCGGGAAAAUGUUCAUCGGGGGUCUGAGCUGGCAGACGACACCAGAGGGUUUGAGGGAGUACUUCUGUCGCUACGGAGACGUCAACGAGGUGAUGGUGAUGAAGGACCCGACCACGCGACGAUCGCGGGGCUUUGGCUUUGUCACCUACAGCGACCCGGCUAGCGUAGACAAAGUUUUAGCGAGCGGCACCCAUGAACUAGACGGCAAAAAGAUCGACCCCAAACUGGCUUUCCCUCGGCGAGCGCACCCAAAGAUGGUCACCCGAACAAAGAAGAUUUUCGUGGGAGGACUGUCGGCGCCCAGCACGCUGGAAGACGUCAAGAAUUACUUUGAGCAGUUCGGCAGGAUAGAGGAUGCCAUGCUGAUGUUCGACAAACAGACCAACAGACAUCGAGGAUUUGGAUUUGUCACAUUCGAGAAUGAGGAUGUUGUCGACAAAGUGUGCGAGAUUCAUUUCCACGAGAUCAAUAAUAAGAUGGUCGAGUGUAAGAAGGCGCAGCCCAAGGAGGUGAUGCUGCCGCAGACGCUGGCGCGCGGCCGAGCGGCGGCUCGCGGCGGCUACGGCUUCCCAGCGGCAGCAGCCUACGCCGCCUACGCCGGCCGCGGCUACUCUGGCUACGCCGGCUUCGGUUUCCCGUACGCAGCGAGUUUCACGUCGUACGGCUACUUCCCGUCGCCGGCGGGCGCCACGCUGGCCUCUAACGGCGCUGCCGAGCGGGCCAACGGCACCACCUACUACCAGGAGUACUCGGCAGGUGCAGUGCCGGCCGCCGGACCCGUCAGUCUGAGCACGCCGAGCCGCACCGAGAACCACGUCAGCCAGUCGCCGCUGCACCGGGACAACCCGUACGGCACGCGGACAGACCUGGUGAACGGAACCCUGACCAACGGCAAUGGCCCGCUGCUGACACAAGCGCUCUCCGUGAUCAACAGUUACCCGGGAUACGGUCCGCCGGCCAGCCCGGCCAACAGCCGCGGGUUCGGGGCGGCCAGCAGCCCCGGCCCGCUGGACCUGUACAGCGGCGACGGCGGCAUCAGCUACCUACAGGCGGCCUCCCCACAGCCCUCGUUCGGCGCCAUGAACCGUGCACCGCUGCUGGCUGCCUUCAACGGCUACCACUAGACGCACCGUAGAGUCCUACCGAGUCAUCGCUAGCUAGAAACGAGCGAGCGUGAGCGAGCGAAAGAAAUGAAGUGAAGAGAAGAAACGGACGGCGUCUGGAGGCAGCCCCAUGACGAGGAUGGCUGACCUCCUCGCCGUGACCUUUUGACCUCUGGUGACCUGCCAGGACCGUGGUCCCCCACCUGCCUCCCGCCCCGGCCGACCUGCCCCUGUUGUUGUCCUUGGAGUGAUCAUCCCCCCUGUUGUACAUAUAUGGAUGGUCGGAGCAGCGGUAGUAUGGGCCCGCCGGCCGGGCCGGCCCGGCGGAGCCCCGUCGCCGCCAGCUUGUGACGAUGCAGUAUCACUCGCGUGUGACUGACUGAGUGUGGCUUUGCAGUAAAUUAUUUAGACGGAGCGAUGCAAGACCGGAAAUCAGGACAACCAAUCAGGCUGUUUCAUAUGAGGAUUGUGUUUUGUGGACUGUUCUUCGCUCGCCGUAGAUUGCUACACCUUGGUCUUUUUAACUUAACAAUGUACUUAAUUUGUGAUGGCUUGCGCUCGCCUACCGGCCGGCCAGCAUCUGUGAAGUAUUUUGAGUCUUUCACAAAGUAGCUAGCUUUGUGUUUUCUCGUCUCGCCUCUCUGACCGUCGCCCACUCACCGUCACUUUGUGCGGCCGCGCCGAACCCUCAUCCCCGACAAAGCGCACUGAGAAGGGCCGAGUCCGCUCCGCUGUACAUAGAGCCCGGCCGGCCCCCCAGUGACGUCAUUUGCCGCCGCUGUGACGUCACUGGGGUGGCAGCCGGGGCAGUGUAUCUACGUGUCUGGUGUACAAUAGGCUAAGCCGGGCGCCGCUCGCCAGCCCGGAGAAGACGUCACCGGCGGCCGGCGGUGGUCUGAUGUGGUGGUCUAUGAUGUUGAUGAUGAUGAAGUUGAUGAUGAUGACGUAAUCGUCAGGCGACUGAUGUGUCACCUCGAGUGCAGAGCUCAAUACUCGUGCGGCGGCCGGUACGGAGCGGUCCGCCAGCCUUCGGCGGCCGCCAGCUCCCAGCAACGCGCUCCCUCCUCUGUGAUUUUGCCUAGUUUCGACCAUCAAAAUUAGAGGCGCCCUAGCCGCGCCACUAGCCAACACCCGGCGCGCAUUGUUUUAGCUAUAGCCCUUGCCGAAUGACGUUAUCUGUAAAUAACAAAGCAGAAAUGUCUAUUUUAUCACGAGCGGAACAACUACAGUACAGGUGCGCAGUAGACGUCUAGGGCAGAUUUUUUUACGCAUUUCCAGGCGACAUAGAAGGUUGUGCGACUGCGACCACUCCGGCAAUACGAAUGCCUUCCCUGACGGAUGCAGCGAACUAACUAUGCGGUGUCGAUGUCGGCCCUUCGGGCUCUAUUGUCUCGGCACCUCUGUGAGCCGUAAGGGGGCCUCGGUAUCAGUCCCGGGGCGUCACCGCUGUUCCCGGGACGAGGCGCGCGCUGUUGUACCGUGCUGGUCCGACGGCGAACCGGCUGCUGCCGCGCAGACGACGAUCAUUGGCUGUUGGUCCGUGUCGUGACCCCAGCGCCCCGAGGCGCUUUGAUGUCAUCGCCUGUGAGCAGACUCACGAGCCAGACCACUUUUAGAAUUGGACUGUCCUGACCAUGCAAUAAGAAGCGAGCAAUAAAUCGCCGUCAAUUGAAUGUCAUCGCGCGGGGCGCUGGUCACUCGUGCGCCGAAAAUGGCACGUGCGCCACGUGAACCGCCGAGCGUACGUGGCACGUGGCCGUGAACCUCGUGGCCGCUGCGGCGGACCGUCGGUGGGUGUUUGUAUGCGUGUGUGCGCGCGGGUGAGUGUGUGCUGGGUGCCAGUGAAAAUGUCCGCGUUUGGGCGGUGUCCAGACGCGGCUUUGGAUGCGGGCCCCGUUGAUGUUUGAAGUCGUUUUGUAAGUGGCGCGUUUUGCCCCGGAGAGUGGCGAGCUGGCCACGGGGCUGUAUUGUAUAAAUGAUCAGGAAAUGGUCUCGAAUAUACAACGGGAGUAAAUGUG